AUGGCGCGCCAGUAUCUCGUCCUCGCGGUGCUGCUGCUCGCGGUCACCAUCUCGACGACCGCCGUGACAACAACGAAACACGGGACGAUCAUCAUCAGCAACGCUGACCGCAGCCUGACGGUCGACAAUUACACCAUCCACGGCAAGACGAUCGUCGACAGCGAAACCAAGGCCGUCGUCAAGCCAAAGAAAAACCCCGACGGUUCGCUCACGGUCGAGGGCAAGUACACGUGGUACCCGAACGGCACCAUCGUGGCGCCGGGUGUGACUAUAGCGGUGGCCGGCAAGAACAGCUACGUGCAGAUCGCGAUGACGAGGCUGUACGGCAUUGACGGCCUCGCGAGGGACGCCACGACAAACACAGUAGACCCGUGGAUUGAGAACGACACCGACGGCUCGUUCACCGCCGGCGACAUCACCGGCUUUCCCAACGGCACGUUCAUCGGUUCGAAUGGCGUCGUGCUGCGAACACGCCUCAAGUUCAAGCCUUCGAACGGCACCCGCGGCGGCGGCGGCACAGGUGCUCCCAGCCCCGCCCCCAGCCCCAUCCCCAGCCCAAGCCCCACCCCCAGCGUCACUCCUGCAUCUACUACGCCCUCCUCCCCUUCUGCCUCACCGCCACCACCUAAGCCUGCUGGUUCCCUCGCUUCACCGGUCAGUGUCUUGUUCACCGCCAUUGCUGUUGCGCUCACCUCUCUGCUAUUUGUGUAG